AUGGGGGCAUGGCAUUGUAAACCAUGCUGCAAGAGAAAAAAGAAACGCUACACAGGAGGAUCGAUUUUGGACAGGGUUAUCAGCCAGAGCUCUAAUCAAGAUCAGUGUUUGCUCUAUCGCUUAGCCAAUUACAAAAAAGGAGGCGAACUAAUUGAUGCCUACAACGUAGGAGGACAAGCAGAAUGCGAAAAACUAAUGAGAGAACAAUUUGGUCAGUUAAUGUAUCAAGAUGGUAAAGGACAAAUUAUUAAUCGUGCUGAAUAUUUGAGGUGGAAGUAUAGAGAUCACGAACAAGUUAUUCUUCCAAUUGAAGCAUCUCUAAGCAGAUAUGACCCUUUAGGUAAAUGGGCAGACCAUGAAGCCUGCUGGCAAAUGCAAUACAGAGGUUCUUUAGGUGAAACCUUAUUGCACGUUUUAAUUAUUUGCGAUACCAAAAUACACACUAGACUAGCACGCACUUUAAUCAAGUGUUUUCCUAAAUUGGCCCUGGAUAUUGUUGAAGGCGAGGAAUAUUUAGGUGCCAGCGCACUUCAUUUAGCAAUUGCUUAUUUCAAUAACGAACUAGUUCAGGAUUUGGUUGAAGCAGGUGCUAAUGUCAACCAACGAGCAAUAGGCAGUUUCUUCUUACCUAGAGAUCAACAAAAAGCCAAUCCAGCAAAACAUACAGACUAUGAAGGCCUGGCUUAUCUAGGCGAAUUCCCAUUAGCAUGGGCCGCUUGUUGUGCCAACGAAAGCGUUUAUAAUUUACUGUUGGAUAACGAUGCCCAUCCUGAUCUACAAGACAGCUUCGGCAACAUGAUUUUGCAUAUGGUGGUGGUCUGUGAUAAGUUGGACAUGUUCGGGUACGCUUUGAGACAUCCCAAGUUGCCGGCUAGCAAUGGGAUUUUGAAUAAGUCUGGUCUGACACCAUUGACUUUGGCUUGUAAAUUAGGACGUGCUGAGGUGUUUAGAGAGAUGCUGGAGCUGUCUUGUAAAGAGUUUUGGAGGUACAGUAAUAUUACUUGUUCGGCUUACACGUUGAAUGCUUUGGAUACUCUGUUACCUGAUGGAAGGACAAAUUGGAAUUCGGCUCUUUUUAUUAUUUUGAAUGGUACUAAAGAGGAGCAUUUGGACAUGUUAGAUGGUGGAAUCAUCCAAAGAUUACUCGAAGAAAAAUGGAAAGCUUUCGCAAGAAAUCAAUUUUUAAAACGCCUCAUUAUUCUCAUAGUUCAUCUGGCGUUUAUGUCUUUAGCUGUAUAUUUCAGGCCAGGCGAUCCAGAUGAAUCCUUAUUAGGCUGGUCUGAUGAUCCAACUGUCAUAGCUAGAUAUGCAGCGGAAAUAGGUACCCUAUGCAACGUACUAAGCUAUCUUAUAAUUCAACAAGGCAAUGAAAUAAGGAAUCAAGGAUUUAUUUCGUUUCUCAAGACACAGACAAAUUCACCACCUAAAUUCAUUUUUCUCCUAUCAAACUUAAUGAUUCUGGCCUGUAUUCCUUGUAGAUUGUCUGGGGAUCGAAAUACAGAAGAAACUAUUCUUAUUUUUGCUGUACCAGGAUCAUGGUUUUUAUUGAUGUUUUUUGCAGGAGCUGUUCGUCUUACUGGCCCCUUUGUAACAAUGAUCUACAGCAUGAUUACUGGGGACAUGUUAACAUUUGGAAUAAUUUAUACAAUUUUCCUCUUUGGUUUUUCACAGUCGUUUUUCUUUUUGUACAAAGGCAAUCCUAGUGUCAAUGGAACUUUGUAUCACAGCUAUAGUUCUACUUGGAUGGCUCUUUUUCAAAUAACUAUGGGAAACUAUGAUUAUUCUGAAUUGCAACUGACCACUUAUCCGGGAGUUGCCAAAUCAGUUUUUGGAUUAUUCAUGGUUUUUGUGCCUAUUUUAUUGUUGAAUAUGUUAAUCGCUAUGAUGGGUAACACAUAUGCUCACGUAACCGAGCAAAGCGAAAAGGAAUGGGUGAAACAAUGGGCCAAAAUUGUUAUUUCUUUGGAGAGGGCUAUACCUCAAAAGGAAGCUCACAAUUAUUUACAGGAAUAUAGCAUAUCUUUGGGGCCCUCUGAUGACCCAGCUACAGAACAAAGAGGUGUAAUGGUUAUUAAAUCGAAAAAUAAAACCAGAGCCAAACAGAGAAAAGGAGCUGUAGCAAACUGGAAGAGGGUUGGUAAAGUAACUGUAAAAGCUCUAAAGAAAAAAGGAAUGACAGGAGAAGAAAUGCGCUGCUUAAUGUGGGGCAGAGAAUCCAUUAAUACACCGAUUAAAGUCAAAGGGCCAAAACCUGAUCCAUUAUCAAACCCUCAAGGGCCUGAUUUAGCUAACGGGUUUGGGGAUGCUCUUACAGCAGCCUUAGACGUAAUGGCCUUUACUCAUGACCUCGAAAUCAACGCUCAAGGUUUGAAUUUGACUCAUAAUGCUACAACUGUCAAAGCAGCUAAUCCUCCUCAAAAUCAAAAACCAUCAUCAACUAUAGACCUAAACAAAACUUGUAUCCGAUUUGGAUCGACAGAUGUUGCAAUGCUAGGCACUUUAACUCAAUUAACAAAUGUCCAAGACAUUGGACCUGUUAGAGAUCCUUUAAGAGAUCUCGUAUUAGAAUCUUUGCAACAGGAAAACAAUUCUGAAAGACUAAACACUUUGGCAUUUCAAGCAGCUAACUUGCCACAAACUGAGGAAAUUGUAUUGGGUUCUGAUUCUAAAGCGGUUCCUUCGGUGAAAAAUCUUGCAGGGAUUUUUACUGGUACUGAUAAUUUUGUGAAGAAAAUGGAAGAGAAGGUUAAGAAGAAGUAUUCAGUACUAGAAUGUAGUGAUAGUGAAGGUUUUGGAGAUGUUAUAUUAGGCAAAAUAUCGAGGAUAAAAAGAGCCAAAUCUGCUCAUUUGAGAAAUUCAGCCAACAAGAAAAAGGCUCUGGAUAAAAAGAAGCUGAUAGUGUCUAGUGAUUCUAGUUCAACUGAAAUUUGUCCCAUUGAAGAAACUACAAUUAUUGUACCAAAGAAUUUAGAUUACGCUGAAGAACGCAUGAAAAGUGUAAAAGAGGAACUGAAAAGUAAUCCUGACAGCAGACCGAUAAAUAUUGAUGUUGCUAUGAAGCAAGAGGAUCAGAAUUUAUCUAAGAUUUUGUCAGAAGAUGUUUUGAAAGGUUCAGGGAUAAAUCUGAAGGCCAAAAAAAAGAAGAAGCGUUCAAAAACUGCUAAAAGUAAUAGAGUUGCUCCAACAGUUUCUGAUACAAGACAUUGCAAAUCUGAGGCUUCAAUUGAACCAGAAAAUGAUGAGCCUUGUAGUUCCCCUGACCCUUUAGAACCGUGGAGUACAAAAAGUAUUACUAAUAUGAAUGCCAUUUUGGCUUGGGAGCAAGACAACAGUAUUUAAUUAGAACCAAGGGGUAAACCACCCCCCAAAUUUGUGAAAACAAUUCCUCCAAA